AUAAAUCCUAACUUCUGCUUCUUUCUUUCUUUCUUUCUUUCUCAAUUUUCCUCUGGGAUUUCUGUUCUUUCUUUGAGUGCAUUACAGAUUGUUCUCUAUCUCAGUUGUUUUUUAAACAAACUUGCUUUAGGAUGCACUUUGAAUAAGAACCCAAAGAGGGGAAAAGUUUGUGAAAAUCAAGAUCAGGGGGUUUUGCUCCUUGGAACAAAACCAAGAAUUAGAAAUUUCUUUUAAAGAAAAUGGAUAGUAGCAACAUUAGCAAUUUCAGUAGCUUGGAUCAAAUGCAGUCGGAGGAAACGGUGCUUCGUAAUAAUGUCAAUGCUCUUAUUGUUUCUUAUCUUCGUGACAACAAUCUCCAUCAGGCCGCAGGAGUCGUUGCAUCAGCUACAAUGACACCAUUGCCUGUUGGAGAUCCUCCUAAUAAGUUACUUGAAUUGGUUGCAAAGGGUUUUGCAGCUGAGAAUGAUGAAGCGUUGAGAAGAGUUUCUUCAGCUGCUGGAUAUGGCUCAAUACCAGCUCCUCGGGCAAUUUCUGCUGAUUUUAGCUUUUUUAGUACUGCACUUGACAUCAAAGGCUCAUCAAAAAAAUUUCCAAAACAUGAAACUCGAUAUAUUUCUGAGCACAAGAGUAUUGCUAGAUGUGCAAGAUUUAGUUCUGGUGGAAGGUUUCUUGCUACCCCAAGUACAGAUGUGACAAUCAAACUUUUUGACGUUUUAAAAGUCAAACAAAUGUUGCAGUCAGACUCAAGAGAUGGCUCAGUGAGGCCAGUUAUACGAACAUUCUAUGAUCAUACGCAAUCAAUUAAUGAUUUAGAUUUUCAUCCUAAACAUGCUGUUGUGGUAUCUGGGGCAAAAGAUCGCACCAUCAAAUUCUUUGAUUUUUCAGAACCGGUAUCAAGGGGAGCAGUUGAAAUUCUUAAGGAUACUCAGGAUGUAACGUCUUUGUCAAUUCACCCUUCUGGAGAUUGUCUUCUGGCAGGAACUGUUCACUCCGUCCCUCAUUUAUAUGACUUCAAUACUUUUCAAUGUCACAUGCCAUUAAAUUUCCAAGACCCUAUUGUUAAUGGAGCCAUAAAUCAGGUUAGAUAUUCACGAAGCGGUGGCAUGUUUGUAACAGCAUCCAAAGAUGGUGCUAUUCGGUUGUGGGAUUACGCAUCUGGCAAGUGUGUCCGAUCCAUAGUUGCACAUGGAACAGUGGAAGCCACAAGUGCAAACUUUACAAAGGAUCAAAGGUAUGUCCUCUCAUGUGGAAAAGACUCUUCUGUGAAGCUUUGGGAAGUUGGCACAGGAAGAUUGGCCAAACAGUAUCUUGGAGCUGUACAUACGAAGUCGCAGUUCCAGGCUGUUUUCAAUCAUACGGAAGAAUUUGUACUAUCCAUAGAUGAAUCAAGCAAUGAGAUUGUUGUGUGGGAUACUCUGACGGCAAAGAUAGUAUGUAGAUUUCCCUCCAACCAUGUUGGUGUUCCGCGUUGGAUUGAGCAUUCUCCAACCGAGGCAGCGUUUGUUUCAUGUGGAAUUGACGAGUCUGUAAAGUUCUGGAGAGGAUUACCAUGAUUUUACUGUAUGAAUAUGAAGAUUGAUAUCAUGCAUUCAUUCUGCACCAAUCACAUAUGCUACAUUGAAUUGGCUGCAAGAUGAUAAAGUAGGGGUGGGUGGAGAAUUACCAUGAUUUUCAAAGUUAAAUACAAUGUCUCGUAGUCUUACUGUAUUGAUGAAAAGAACUAUGUCACCAUGAACUUGUACUGAUUACAAAGCGAAUAUAUGUUGCUCGAUCUCAAGGUCUUAUUGCUCAAAACUUGUGUUGCUACUCGACUUAGAUGGUGAAUGGUUCGUUGUUGAUGUAAUUGAUUGCGUUACUCCAUAAGUC